CCUCUGGGGAUCAAUAAAGGCUUCUCUUUCUCUUGGAGACCAGCCUUUUUAUAUGACAAAUGUUUUGUUUCUAACUAUUUGAACACCUGAAUGAUGCAUGAUUUACAUUUUUUAUUUUACUUUUUUUAUUUCAGAGAGACCAUGUGAAAAACUUCACAUUGACAAUGCAGUUAUAACCGGGGGGGAGGAAAAGGAAAGGUACAGCCAAAAUGAAAAAGUCCAGUAUGCAUGCACCAACCGUGAACAACGGUUUACUGUUACCUGUGGACAAAGUGGUUGGACUGGUAUUAAGAGCUGUACAGAUACAUGUCCAAAGCCUGAAGUUCCAAAUGGAUUUGCAGUUGGCCCAUACAACAAGACAAUAUACUACACCUGCAAUAAAGGUUUUAAGCUUUUCACCAACAAAGGCUGGUGGGCUGAGGCCAAAUGUAAUGACAGUCGACUUCAACAAUGCAUCGAGAACACAGAGUGUGGAGAAACUCCUGUGAUUCCAAAUGGGAAAGUGGGACCUCCACGAAGGCAAAGCAAAGUCGCUGUGAUUACUUGUAACACAGGAUACAGCCCUAAGGUUAACUUCUUAAGUUGUCGCGGGGGAAAAUGGAUUCUAAAUGAAAUGUCACCCAAAGAUAUUUGUACACCAACUGCCAAGCUCUGCAAACCCCCACCCAAAGUUGAGAAUGCAGUUGUUCAGACAUCUUAUCAGAAGGAAUACUUGUCUGACUCUCGAGUGACUUAUCAGUGCCGUGAUGGCUAUGAUAUGGAGGGAAAUGACACGAUUCAAUGCAAUGAUGGGAAAUGGGAAGAGAAGAACAUAAGAUGCACACUAAUUAUAUCCACUCUAGAGAAAGAAGAGUGUGGAGAAACUCCUGUGAUUCCAAAUGGAAAAGUGGGACCUCCACAAAAGCAAAGCCAAGGGCAAGUCGCUGUGAUUACUUGUAACACAGGAUACAGCCCUAAGGUUAACUACUUAAGUUGUCGCGAGGGAAAAUGGAUUCCAAAUGAAAUGUCACCCAAUGAUAUUUGUACACGUGAGUCAUUUUCUUCUUUCAUUGUCUUACUUUAUCAGAUGUAAGCAUUUAUAAAAAGAUGACAGGGUGUAAACCAACACUGUACAUGCUUUCAACUCUUGCAGCAACUGCCAAGCUCUGCAAACCUCCACCUGUAAACUCUGAAAGAGCAGUAUUGGUUCCCUAUUGAGCUUUUGAAACCUUUAGCCUGAAUUUAGGGUUUUCACAACUUGAAUUCAUGAUUUAGGAUUUCAGCUGUCAGAGUAA